AUGGCGAACCUGUUGAAGACAGUGAUGACUGGCUGUUCAUGUUCUGUUUUUAGCAGUUUGGGGUCCUAUAAGGUUCUACCUGGGAAGAAGAAUUUUUUACGAACAUUUCACACUCAUCAGGUGCUGUGGUGUAAAGCUCCUGUAAAACCAGGAAUUCCAUAUAAACAACUGACUGUUGGAGUCCCCAAGGAGAUUUUCCAGAAUGAGAAGCGAGUGGCAUUGUCACCUGCAGGUGUUCAGGCCCUGGUCAAGCAGGGUUUUAAUGUGGUGGUGGAGUCAGGUGCAGGCGAAGCUUCCAAGUUCUCAGAUGAUCACUACAGAGCAGCAGGUGCUCAGAUCCAAGGGACCAAGGAAGUGCUGGCUUCUGAUUUGGUGGUCAAAGUGCGAGCGCCUAUGGUUAAUCCAACAUUGGGUGUUCACGAAGCUGAUCUUUUAAAGACAUCAGGAACACUGAUUAGUUUUAUUUACCCAGCCCAAAAUCCAGACUUGCUAAAUAAACUUUCUGAAAGAAAAUGUACAGUCCUGGCAAUGGACCAGGUUCCAAGAGUCACAAUUGCUCAGGGAUAUGACGCACUAAGCUCCAUGGCCAACAUUGCUGGUUAUAAGGCUGUUGUACUAGCAGCAAAUCAUUUUGGACGGUUUUUCACUGGUCAGAUCACAGCUGCUGGAAAAGUACCUCCAGCUAAGAUUCUGAUCAUUGGUGGUGGUGUUGCGGGUCUUGCUUCUGCAGGUGCAGCAAAGUCUAUGGGUGCAAUUGUUCGAGGAUUUGACACGAGAGCUGCAGCUUUGGAGCAGUUCAAAUCCCUUGGUGCUGAGCCCUUGGAGGUAGACUUGAAGGAAUCUGGUGAGGGACAAGGAGGAUAUGCAAAGGAGAUGUCCAAAGAAUUCAUUGAAGCAGAAAUGAAACUCUUUGCUCAACAGUGUAAGGAAGUUGAUAUUCUUAUCAGUACAGCACUAAUUCCAGGUAAAAAGGCUCCAGUUUUGUUUAGUAAAGAGAUGAUUGAGUCCAUGAAGGAAGGGUCGGUUGUGGUGGAUUUAGCUGCUGAGGCUGGCGGAAACUUUGAAACUACAAAGCCAGGAGAACUUCACAUUCACAAGGGAGUUACUCACAUAGGUUACACAGAUCUUCCCAGUCGAAUGGCCACUCAGGCCAGCACCCUGUAUUCCAACAACAUCACUAAACUUCUGAAGGCCAUCAGCCCUGACAAGGAUCAUUUCUAUUUUGACGUGAAAGAUGACUUUGACUUUGGUACGAUGGGUCAUGUCAUUAGAGGAACUGUAGUGAUGAAGGAUGGAAAAGUGAUUUUCCCAGCUCCUACACCAAAGAAUAUUCCUCAAGGUGCCCCAGUAAAACAGAAGACAGUGGCUGAGCUGGAAGCUGAGAAAGCAGCUACUAUAACUCCCUUUAGGAAAACAAUGACAACAGCUUCUGUGUACACAGCAGGACUCACUACUAUGCUGGGUUUGGGCAUUGCGGCUCCCAAUUUGGCCUUUUCUCAGAUGGUGACAACGUUCGGCUUGGCUGGCAUUGUUGGUUACCACACCGUCUGGGGAGUGACCCCUGCUCUCCACUCACCACUGAUGUCUGUGACUAAUGCAAUCUCAGGGUUGACUGCAGUUGGUGGGUUGGUGCUUAUGGGAGGACAUUUGUAUCCUUCCACAACUUCUCAGGGCCUUGCUGCUCUUGCUACAUUCAUAUCCUCGGUCAAUAUUGCAGGUGGCUUUCUGGUGACUCAGAGAAUGCUAGACAUGUUCAAACGUCCCACUGAUCCCCCAGAAUACAAUUACCUGUAUCUGCUCCCUGGUGGCACCUUUGUUGGAGGAUAUUUAGCUGCCCUCUACAGUGGUUAUAACAUUGAACAAAUGAUGUACCUAGCCUCAGGUCUGUGCUGUGUUGGUGCCCUGGCUGGCCUUUCCACCCAAGGAACAGCUCGUCUUGGCAAUGCUCUGGGCAUGGUUGGGGUUGCUGGAGGUCUGGCAGCCACCCUCGGAGGCCUACAACCGUGCCCAGAGUUGUUAGCUCAGAUGUCUGGAGCAAUGGCUUUGGGCGGUACCAUUGGCUUGACAAUUGCCAAGCGCAUCCAGAUUUCUGAUUUACCUCAAUUAGUUGCUGCUUUUCACAGUUUAGUGGGUUUGGCCGCUGUGCUCACUUGUGUGGCUGAGUACAUUGUAGAAUAUCCACAUUUUGCUACGGACGCAGCAGCUAAUCUCACCAAGAUUGUGGCCUACCUCGGUACUUACAUCGGUGGUGUCACCUUCAGUGGGUCUCUUGUUGCCUAUGGAAAAUUGCAGGGUAUCCUGAAGUCUGCUCCUCUCCUGCUUCCUGGAAGGCACUUACUCAAUGCAGGCUUGCUGGCUGCUAGUGUGGGUGGACUAAUCCCCUUCAUGGUGGACCCGAGCUUUACCAUGGGCAUUACCUGUCUGGGUUCCGUGUCAGCUCUCUCUGCUAUCAUGGGUGUGACUUUGACGGCUGCCAUCGGGGGGGCAGACAUGCCUGUGGUCAUCACUGUGCUGAACAGCUACUCGGGUUGGGCCUUGUGUGCAGAGGGCUUCCUGCUCAACAACAACCUGCUGACCAUUGUGGGCGCCCUCAUUGGCUCCUCUGGUGCCAUCCUGUCGUACAUCAUGUGUGUGGCUAUGAAUCGUUCCCUGGCUAAUGUGAUUCUUGGAGGCUAUGGUACCACUUCAACAGCUGGUGGAAAACCUAUGGAGGUUUCUGGCACACAUACAGAAAUCAACCUUGACAAUGCAAUUGACAUGAUCCGAGAAGCUAAUAGCAUCAUUAUUACCCCAGACUAUAUCUGGACUAAUUCUUUUUCUGCCUUUAGAGAUCAGAUAGUACCAGGAGAAACAGAGGUGCCAAGAACUGUGUGUGCAGAUAUGGACGUGAUAUCGUUUGGAAUUCACCCAGUUGCAGGCCGGAUGCCUGGUCAGCUUAAUGUGCUGCUGGCUGAGGCUGGGGUGCCAUAUGAUAUUGUGUUGGAAAUGGAUGAGAUCAACCAUGAUUUCCCAGACACUGAUUUGGUCCUUGUAAUUGGAGCAAAUGACACUGUUAAUUCAGCAGCUCAGGAAGACCCGAACUCUAUUAUUGCAGGCAUGCCAGUCCUCGAGGUCUGGAAAUCCAAGCAGGUAAUCGUUAUGAAGAGGUCUUUGGGUGUUGGCUAUGCUGCAGUGGACAAUCCAAUCUUCUACAAACCUAACACGGCCAUGCUUCUAGGCGAUGCCAAGAAGACAUGUGAUGCGCUGCAGGCGAAAGUUAGAGAGUCGCACCAGAAGUAA